UUUGGACUUUGACUUUUAGGACAUGUAUCUUGCAUUCCAUAUAAUUAUAAUGACUAAUUAGUGGGACUGUUACUUUCAUGCAUGUAUGCAACAUCUUUCUCUCUACGUAAUUUAUUGGUUGAUCAAUUGAUUUAAAGAUAAUAUCAUAAGAGUGUAAUGUGAAGACAUGGCGACAAUUUAGCGAAAACAAAAUCAGAUAGUGCUGCAGAUAAACAAUCGCAUCGUGCUUGUACUUUAAAGCAAAUAUCGCUGAAAAUAUACAUAUGCUCGCACUUGUAUCUAUAUAUAUCUUUCUAGAAUCAAUAAUUUGACUGUACUAUAUCUUCACUAUGCACUGGGUCAGCAGGAGAACAUGUCAGUUACUAGAAACUGAUAACCUGGAAAUCCUAUCAUGAAAUUGUAAAGAGGCAGGGACAAAGAUAGAGAUAGAAAGAGAAAGAGAGCUGUGCAAUUAUCUCGAUAACAUGAUACCCGCGCGGAUAUGACUGAGAGGCUGUUUACAUGGGAUGAAAUUACAGAAGGAUUAAUUUUAUUAAGCGUGACCAAAACGGAAGAUGAGCAAGCCAAAAGACGAAAGAAGCAAACUGCUGCUGCUGAAACGCCGGCGGUUUACUGUCCCCACGCGUAUUUGAUCCUAAGUUAUCAGGAAACGUUAAAUGAUAAUGAGAAGAUUAAAUUUCGGAAGUGUUAUCUGAGGAAAGUGUCGCCGACCGAAGCGGACGUGAUCAUCCUGCAGGACAUAAAGGACCUCGUGCUGUUUCUACUUGUGUCGCCUGUCAGCGUCCAGUUCAUCAACUUCCUGCACUUGCCGAUUGUCGACCGAUUUUUGCGGGCGCUAAUCGUUUACUUUCAACACUAUGUGGACAUAUAUGAGGACCUCGUGCAGGAGCGGGCAGCCACCAUGAAGAAAGCGCCGAAUCCGUUGGCGCGAGGACACAGGACCCGUUACGCCGAAGAGAUGCGAGCCCUUCGUUGUGCGCUGGGUAGGGAAUACAUGGACCUGAUACUGGGCUGCCAGGAUGGGCUGCAAUACCAUCAUAUGAUGACUAGCAAGAAGCAAGCGAUCACGCAAUCACAGGGCGAGAAGGACUUGAGAAUCUUCGAGGCGCUGAUUAGCGUGGCUCAUCGCAUCGUGUGGAUAGCGUUGCGCCGCAAACAUUACACCUUAAUCGAAGUAGAACUGCAUAGGCUACUUCGCACUGAUGCGUACAACACCGCGUAUAGACAAAGCGGCGGUGAGAUCGUCCGGGACAUGCUGGAGAACGAUAUUCGAGUGUUGCACGGUCCUAAAGUAAUGCUCAAGAGGAAAUUGUUGAGGAACUGUCCAUUGUCGCACGAGACGAUACAUUCGGAUUGCGACUAUCGUCUUUUAUCGUUAGGAGUGGUGGACUUUGUCGUGCAGGAACCGAAGAUCAUUUAUCUGAGGAACGCUCUCUUAAUCGAUGAGGAAAUGUUACCUGGACUAGGCGUCAGAGUGGGCAUACUGGGUCACAAUCGCUCGGAUUACGACAUAAUGCUGAUGCCGUGCGAGGACCAGGCGGACUCGACGGAAGUCGGUCGGCUCGAUAAAAGAACGGUGAAAACGUACGAAGAGGAUACAAUCUUAGUAAGUGCUUACAAGCAUCCUUAUAAUGUACAAAAAAGAGAAUUCCUAACUGAGCGCAGAAAGAUCGAAUCUCUCUGUUUCUUGAUACUUGCUCAGGAAUACGAACUGGUGGAGGAGUUCCCGAUGAAAGAAGUUGAGAGAUCGAACAAGAGAUACGACAAGGUCCGUGAAACUGCACGAAGAAGAUGGAUUCUUCGAGAAAUGAGACGGCAUAUACGCAAACCAGACGAUACCUAUUCUCUGGCAACAACCAUAGAUUAAACAUUUGGAAGAAAAUGAGAAUUUUUACAGCUAUACGUUCACAGAUUCAUGCGAAUAUCAACUCAAAGAAGUGAGGAUAUACUUACGAAUACGUCUUCCACUGGA